GGUCUGUCUAGGUCUCACCAUCACAUUUUCACGCUCGGAUAUGUAACUUAUCGUCACUGUUUUCCAUCAACCCUGUCACUGUCAUCGUCUGUCUUUUGAUCCAGGAGACAAAUCAACAUCUUAACAUUCGUGUGAACCACUGUUUUUCUUUCAGCAGCAGAAAUGGACAACAACUCGACAACUUGUUCAUUUGACACACAGGGCUACAGUUCAACUUUCAAGCGUAAACGGACGGUGGAAGAUUUCAACAAGUUCUGUACGUUUGUGCUGGCAUAUGCAGGCUAUAUUCCAUAUCCACAAGAGGAGGCGCACUUGAGAAACAGUUCCAGUCCUCCAAACAGCACCGGCAGCACUGCAGACAGUGAUGGCUGGGAGAAUCAGAGACUCGGCUGCGGUCUGUCAUCUCCAGACGAGUCCCAACACAAGAACCGCAAGAGCUUUACAGGAUUCAAGAGACCUUCAAGCGAGAACACUGAGUUCCAGAAGCGUCCUAAGUCAGCCGGUCUUCUCCUCGAGUGUCAAAAGAAGGCCGACAAGGUUAAAAAGAAGAAGAAGAAGCUGAGGAAGAGUAAAGGUGAGGAACUGGGAUCGUUCGCCUCGUCUCCUACCAGUUCUGUCAAUUUUGGCUGUACCAUCAAGGAAGAACCGGAAGAUUAUCUCAGCAUUCCACUGCCAACCGCAGGCACGGGCGCAGACCUUCCAGCACAUGCUGGAAUACGUUCAACCCCAGCUUUAGGCUCUUCAAGCACUGCAGAGUGUAAAGAAGAGCCUGAUGCGGGGCGUCCAUGUUGGGAUGGUUAUAAACGCUCUGGUCCAUAUUCUAAAUCGGAGGAACCGGAGGGAGAAGCCAUGGUGUUAAAGGUGGAAGGUCUUCCUGGCAAAAGAACGGUCCUCCGUCAGGGAAAACAGGUGGUGUUUCGAGAUGAAGAUGGAUCCGGGGAUGAUGAGGACAUCAUGGUUGAUUCAGAUGAUGACUCCUGGGACCUCGUGACAUGUUUCUGCAUGAAGCCGUUCGCAGGAAGGGCGAUGAUCGAGUGCAACCAUUGCAACACCUGGAUCCACCUCUCAUGUGCCAAAAUUCGCAAGUCCAAUGUUCCCGAGACGUACAUCUGCCAGAUGUGCAAAGACACAAAGUUUGACAUUCGACGCUCCAGUCGCUCGCGAGUGGGCUCUCGAAAACACCUCCUUGACUGAGACUCGUGCCGCUCCUCGUGUACGGAACCUUGCUGCUUCAAGGUUGUACUCAACGAGUGGCUCUGUGAUGCCCUUUUGUCACUAAAAUGUCAAGUUUUUCCGUUUCUGUUUUUACAAGUUCUCGCCUUCCUAAAUGUUUGCGUCAGGCAAUCAAUACACUGAUGAUGAAUUAAAGACUUUACAGACUUCAGCCAUACAGACUAUAGACGGUCGAAGGCUACGACUGAAGGUAUUACACAAUAGAAGGUGAUGUGGAAUAAAGGGAUUAGACCGUUGAUUGCACUUUUUUAAGAACAAAGGAGGACCUAGAGAAGCCACUUUGUACUGAUAGCUUUCACGAGUAUGUUUAUUUGUCAGAGUAGGUAUAUUAUAUAAAAUGAACCGUAAGAUAUUAGAGGAGUUUAGAGUCUUUUCUGAGACCCCCAAAUGUGUACGAGAGAGAGUUGGACUCACUGGAUAAUGUUGAUCGAUGUUGUUUUUGCAGUGAAACAUCAGAAAUGGUUUCUGUUAUAUUUGGGUAUUCCUGGAUUCAUUGUAAAGAACAGAACUUGAGGAUCACACAAAUGUACUGUACGUGUCAUAGUCUGGUUAAUGUCUGCAUUUUCUGCUCUUUUAUGAACAAGAUAACAUGUUUGUUUGUUUUCAAUUGGAUUCAAAGGAUGCUAUUUUUCACUUUGUUUCGUCAUGCUAUGUCUCAUGCAUUUUUGUUAAAUUAUAUGUUAAAAUACGUUAAUUGUGUAAUUGCGAGUUCUGAGUUAGAUGCUUUUACAGCUGUAAGCUUUGGGAAGAGGUGGGUUUAGCAACAUGUCCAUGUCACAUUUCAUCUAAAAUCAAACUGUACUCUUUGUUUUGCCAACGUUUUAUUGUCCAGAUGGUUUGUUUUUUGUAUUUUCCAUUUUCAGUGGUUGGUAAGCAUACUUGUAAUACAGUGUUUUUCCCAAUUUAAAAUCAUUUAACAGCAGUACAAAAUGUACAACACGAAACUAUACAUAUUUUACCUAACAGUCGUAAUAAUUGAGGGGAAAUUGUGUAAUUUAUGAAAAGGCACAAUGCACAAAAACAUAAUCACACUACAAUUAAGCUUAUUUUCUUAAUUCCAUUUUGCAUGUGUCUUGCAUUACAGAUUUCUUCAGAUUCAUUUAAAGGUCAAAACAUCUGCAAUGUUUGAGAUUGGAUGUUGUUGUCUGCUUGUAUUCCUUUAAAAAUCAUUCAUAGAUUUGUAGUUCAUGCUUACAGCUAUAAACCGUAGAAUCUGUGAAAUAUUUUCAUGGGCAUGCUCGGAUUCAACAGUUUGGUUUUAUUUUCCUUUCACUAAUCAACUCAAAAAUGUUGAUUUUUAUGUUUGUUUGUUUCCUUUUUAAUGACAUUACUACAGUGGGACAUGUUUUUUAUUACUUUUACUUUAAAUGACUGUUCAGAGAUAUAAACAUUGCAAAGGAGGGAAGUUAUUUUGCACCUUUAGUUCAGAUCUGGUACUUGCAGAAUCUCUGUGGUAGUAUUUGAUAUUUGUUUCAGACUUUCGGCUUCACUGGAAUUUUGCAUGUUUUCUGCAUUAUGCCCAAAAUUUCUGCCUAGUUUGAAAGCUAUAAAAGUUUGCUUCAUAUUUCCAAGCAGCUAUCCUCAACUAUAUCAUCUUUUUUCUUGUUCGUAUGUUAAAAGACAAAUAGCUUUUGACCUGUUGUGUAUGAUAUCUUUUUUGUAAUAAGUUAUUAAAAUUCUGGUAGUGGCCUGGUCAUGUUUUCUAUUGAGUCAGUGGACAGUUUCCACAAUGUUUCUAGGCACAGUUUAAAGCAGAUUGAAACCGGAAAUCCUUAAAACUUUAUAAGAAAGAAUUUGUCGCAGGUUUUGGGAUUUAUCGGCAGGCCUAGAUCAAACCUUUUUUCUACAUUUUGUUGAAAACUUUAAAUUGUACAUUUAUUUGCGCAGUUAUAUUUUUAUUAACCAUUAAUCAAGGGUUUCAUGGGAAAAUGUUGCUGUACGUUUGUUUUGUACGAUCACAAUGUGUUUACGAGAUGUGAUUUCAGGGCUGUUUGUGCGCAGGAGACAGAAGGACUGCUAAAGUUUCUCACACUGUAAUGCCAUUGUCCAAUAAAAAAAGAGAUGUUUCUGUGAAACUUUGUGUUGUAAACUGUUGUAAAUAAAGAGAAUGAGGAUUUUAAUGA